AUGGACUUCCAGCAGCAGAUCCAGUUAUAUCCCAGCCAGAAGCCCUACCAGACAGCCCGCAGGAACUUCAACAUAAACAGCUUCAGAGGGCUGUCAGCUGAUAAAGAUGAUGACCCACACUUUGAGUCACCUCCGUACUGCCAUAGCCUCUCUGAGAGCUCAGACAUUAAUGAGCUGGAAUCUGAAUGCAGUCCAGAGCUGGAGCUCAAAUAUACUCAAAUUCCCAGACCCUCCAUUGUUAUCAGACAUAAUGAGUGCAGCGACCCCUGCGAGCGCAAUGAGAUGAAGAAAAUGCAGGCAGGUGAGUACUGCUGUUGGAUCUGUACAGCCUGUGAGCCUCAUGAAUACCUGGCGGAUGAGUUUACCUGCUCGCCUUGCGCUCCUGGCCAGUGGCCCACUGAUGACCUGACGUCCUGUUAUGACCUUCCAGAGGACUAUAUAAUGUGGGAAGAUGCCUGGGCCAUUGGCCCAAUUACCAUUGCCUGUGUAGGGUUCAUGUGCACCGGCCUGGUGAUUUGGGUGUUCAUCAGACACAACAACACACCACUGGUGAAAGCAUCAGGUAGAGAACUGUGUUAUAUCCUCCUCUUAGGAGUCUUCAUGUCCUACGCCAUGACUUUCCUCUUUUUGGCCAAACCUUCUCCGGCCAUCUGUGCCCUGCGCCGCCUUGGCCUGGGUACAUCAUUUGCUGUCUGCUACUCUGCCCUCCUCACCAAAACCAACAGAAUCGCCAGGAUUUUCAAUGGUGUGAAAGACGGAGCGGGAGCAGUGAGGCCACGCUUCAUUAGCCCAUCCUCUCAGGUGUUCAUCUGUCUGAGUCUAAUCUCUGUCCAGUUAGUAAUGGUGUCAGUAUGGCUGCUGCUGGAAGUCCCUGGCACACGUCGCUUUACAUUGCCAGAGCGACGACAGACUGUCAUCCUGAAGUGUAACGUACGUGAUUCCAGCAUGCUGCUGUCACUGGGAUAUGAUGUGCUCCUGGUCAUCUUGUGUACUGUGUAUGCCUUCAAGACCAGGAAGUGCCCUGAGAACUUCAAUGAGGCCAAAUUUAUUGGAUUCACCAUGUACACCACCUGUAUAAUUUGGCUGGCCUUUCUUCCCAUCUUCUAUGUUACAUCUAGUGACUACAGGGUAUGGUACUGA